AUGGUUCAGCUGGCCAAGCUUAAAAAUCUUAGCACUUUGAAUAUCUGCAGUCCCAGGACCUACUCUCUGGGAGCUCCUUCCCAAGGAAUCAUCGACGACGGGAUCAUUCGAGCAUGGAGUCGUUGCGCUGCCGACGAGGGUGCAUUUCCAUUGCUGCGUGUUCUUAAGCUGCGCCAUCAGCGGGAGCUCACGCCGCGAUGCAUCGACUACUUGAAUGCGUUUCCUGUCCUGAAUAUCUUCUGUGUCUCUGAAUUCUCCCCCGCAAUGCCUCAAAAAACCAAGCGCAAGGCAGACAAAUGGGGCUGGAAAUGUCUGACAGAGGAUGACCUUGGUCUCUUUUAUCCUAAACCGACCGACAGUAUUCACAAUCGGCCUCAAUAUGAAGAUGAAUACUUACCCCGUACCCCAUGUCCGGUGUACGUACCUUCUCGACAACCAUGUAAUGCCCUAGAGAUAUUGCUCUUCAAUCCUGGUGCUGCAAGGGCCGCGUUUGAGAUGCUCCGGCAAUGCUGCUGCCCUGAUUGCCCUUCAUCUUUAAAUACGUAUUCUGAGGAUCCAAAUCUUCGGACCGCACCUCCUACACUGAGUAUUCUCUUUGGCACGGAUGAAGCAUUCCACCCAUGGUUAUGGGGCUUCCUUUGUUUUUACCGACAUAACAAACAUUCGGAAGACAGCGCCAGAUCAUUGAAGCGCAAAGCCGGCAAAGACCUGGCGUCAGGUUCUAGCGGUACUGCUGGAGCUGAAUUAGACGCGACAGGAAUCUCAAGGCCGUCUGCAGACGGUGUUCCGCCGCAAAAAGGCAGAAAGAUGCGAAAUUUGAAAGGUCACUCGAAUGAAUCGCUUCUGAAGCUUUUUCAAGGAUAA